GCAAACGCGACGGUUGGAAUAGAAGAAACUAAAAAGCAAGCAAGCAAGCUAGCAAGAAAUCAAGCAAGCAAGUCCAAAGCCAAACAUUUAUAUAGAUAUUCAAACGGUUGAUAUCUAUUGGGAAAUUCUAAAAAAAUAAUACAAGAAAAUAACAAAUCGUUUUGUGCAGUGAUACACAGAAAGAGCAGUGCCAAUAAAAACAAAUACUAAUAAGAAAUGCUCCAUUAAUUAACUAAAACUCGAGUAAAAGUGAAAGGAUACUUGGGCACUUGGCGACGGCAUGAAUGAAAAAAGCCCACAGCCCCAUAAGAUGAUUACACGAGCAGUGCUUUAUUGAUUUUUGCCCCGCAGUGCGAACGAACGAGACUCUCGUGCAGCUGACAGUGAAAAUUCUUUAGACCGUCUUAGAGCGACGAAAAGCCGAGAAGGCUUCUCAAAAAAAAAGCCAAAGGAAAACCCUUUGAAUUCUUCUGCAAGUGCCAUUGCGAUCCAGGCGGCGUAGCCCCUGGAACUCCAUCAGCGGCCAUGAUCAUGGAAGGGCUUGAAACCCUGGUGGCGCCAACGCAUCACGCAUUCCUGCUCACCGAGACGGCCGCGGCCGCCCACUUCAAUGUGCUGAGCUUCGACACCUGUCUGUUCAAGACGAGCACGGCGGCCCAGAGCAGCGGCGGCAGUCCCUCGACGGCCACCUACCUGAGUCCCGCCCAGUUCGGUGGCAACCACGGCGGCGCCAGCACCAGCAGCGGCUCCCUCAACUCCUCCGCCGCCUCCUCGUCGUCCUCCUCCUCGCUGCUGCACUACACCACCGCCUCGGCAGCCGCUGCCGCCGCAGCAGCCGCAGCCGCAUCUGCUUCCGCAUCCGUCAACAACUCGGUGCUCCGUGCCCGCAACCAGACGGCCACGCCCACCCAGGGCGGCAGUCCGGGCCACGUGGCCGUUCAGCCCAGCGCCACCGCCAGCAGCGGCCGCAGCUCGGCCUCCCAUCUCAGCCUGCUGAACACCAGUGGCCAGCACAGUCCCGCCUCCUCGGCCGUCGAGCAGGUGGAGGCCCACAAGCAGCUGAUCGAGGCGCUGCCGGGCGACCUCAACACGCCGGUGACCACGUCCAGCGACAUACCCUCGUUCUUCGGGCCCACCACCGUGGUGGAACCGCCGCCCAUUACUGGUUCCAUCGAAUCCGAGGACCUCUCCUUGGAACCCCAGGUGAUAUCUGUGGCCAGUCCCGUGCUGUCGCAUUGCAGUCCGUUGAAAGAGGAACGCAGCACUCCGCCAGCUUUGGCCAUUGUCAAGGAAGAAUCAAGUAAUAAUAGUUGUAAUAUGUACCCACAACACAACAACAACAACACCACAUCAUCAUCAACAACUACAACAACAACCAAACAGACAACCAGCGAAAGCAUCAACAACAACAACAACAACACUGAAUGCGUUGGCUCGCCGGGCAACCACACACAAUCACACCAACAGCAACAACAACAGCUGCAUCACAACAACAACAACAACACGACCAGCAACAACAGCAAUUGCCACCACAGUCACCAACAACACCAGCAGCAGCAACAACAACACAUGAGCUCCCCGCAACAUCAAUACCAACAACACCAAAUAUUACACCAACAACAACAAUUGCCAAAUCAUCACCAUCAUCAUCAUCACCACCACCACCAUCACAGUCAGCUACAACUCCAACAACAACAGCAACAACAACAACAACAGCAGCAACACCAACAGCCGCUACACCAACAACAGCAAUUGCAACACCAGCAGCAGCAACAACAACAACACCAACAACACUAUCAGCAACAUGCCAUCCAACAACAGGCUAGCAAAAUCUCAUAUCGUGGCAUUUUCACCACCACAGGCAACGCAAUGAAUGCAGCAGCAGCCGCCGCAGCAGCGGCCCAGCAGCAACAGCAGCAGCAGCAACAUCAGCACCAGCAGCAACUUCCCUCCCCGCAACUGGGCGUUCUGGCCGGGCCAAUGUCACCGCCCUCGAACAGUUUGGGCAACAGUUGGGGUCUACCCAGUCCGGACAAGACCAUGUUCCAGCCACCCCUGUUCAGCCUGCCCGCUCACUAUGCCACCAUGCAACAGCAGCAGCAGCAACAGCAGCAGCAGCAACAACAGCAGCAGCAACAGCAGGCGACAGGAGCGGCUCCUUCGCCCUACGACGAUGGCAGAGCUGCAGCAGCAGCGGCGGCACAACAUGCUGAGUUACUCGGCCUCACCAUGGAUUGCACACCCCUCUUGCUGAAGCAACCACCGCCAACAUACGCCGGAGCCACCUCCGGAUUCGCCGGCCUGGCUGACCUCCACACCAGCCACGAGCAGCAGUUGCAGCAGCAGUAUGUGCGAUCGCAGCCAAAGUACCAGUGGCUGGACUCCCCGGCGGACUAUGCCCAGCAGCAGGUGCAGCAGCAAGUGCAGCAACAGGUGCAACAGCAGCAGCAACAGCAGCAGACCUUGGUGCUGCCAGGACCCACUUCAUCCGCCAGUUCCAGCAAUGCCGCCCUGGGCGUUCUGAUACCCAAGCAGGAGAGCUAUCCGGACAUGCAGCCCAGCUCGAACGGCACGGGCUAUUCCGCUGGUUCCGGCGGCAGCUCGUCGGCUGCGGCUGCGGCCGCCGCUGCAGCAGCAGCAGCAGUGCAACUGGCCGAGUACAGUCCUUCGACCAGCAAGGGACACGAGAUCCUCUCCCAGGUCUACCAGCAGAGCAGUGUGCCCUUGAAACUGGUGCCCGUCAAGCCGCGCAAGUAUCCCAAUCGCCCCAGCAAGACGCCCGUGCAUGAGCGACCGUACGCCUGUCCGGUGGAGAACUGCGAUCGCAGGUUCUCCCGCUCCGACGAGCUCACCCGCCAUAUACGCAUCCACACGGGGCAGAAGCCCUUCCAGUGCCGCAUCUGCAUGCGCAGCUUCAGCCGCAGCGACCACCUCACCACCCACAUUCGCACCCACACCGGAGAGAAGCCCUUCAGCUGCGACAUUUGUGGCAGGAAGUUUGCGCGCUCCGAUGAGAAGAAGCGACAUGCCAAGGUGCACCUGAAGCAGCGCAUCAAGAAGGAGAAGGUGCGUGGCGAGCAGCAGCAACAGCAGCAGCAGCAGCAACAACAGCAGCAGCAACAGCAACUACAGCAGCAGCAACAGGAGCAACAUCACCUGAGCCUGCAGCAGCACCAGCAGUACCAGCAACACCACCUGCUGCACUCCGCCGACCUGGCCAUAGUCACCUCGAGCGCGAGCAUGUAGAGACUACAGAACUCGGAAUCCAGCGGCGAGAAGGCCAAGACUCCCCGGCACAAGGUUAGUCUGGCCCUGGCCCUGGAUCUCGACGAGAACGCCUUUCCCUUCGAGCUCACAUCGGACUACGGAACCCUGUCGCCGCUCACCAGUCCCAGGCAGUCGAACUACGUGUGGUUCGGCCAGGAUUCCAGCCAGCCCUUCUUCUACAAGGACAGCCACGUCCUGGAGAAGAUGGCCUAAGUCCCGGGCGAUCCCGUUCCCGUUCCAGUGGAAUCAAUCGCUGAUGCUGAAUAAUCACUUAAUGUAUACUGAGUUGUAGUAGUCGUAAAAUCGGGGUUGUGCUAUCAGCAAAAUCUAUGCAAGACAUUAAAUCGUAAUGAACAAUACAAUAUGCUACAGUUAGCCUAGAUAAUAUCACACAAUGGUCAGGAUAGGAGGGUCGAGCAGCGCGAAACAGAGUUACUAACCAAUACAAAGCCUAACUAAAGCAAAUUGACGAUUACUAAUUAUAUUCGAUGUAAUUGAAAAUGGGAAAAAUAUUUAACUUAUGUCUCUAAUACUGUGAUCUCAUGUGUAAUAAUUAUUAAUUUUAAUUUCCUUACAUUUACAUUUACAUAACUGCAAAUAACCAGAAAUAAUUUUAAAAAUUAUAAUCCUUUCGCCUUUGCCUAGCUAAUGUUCAUUUUUUAAAAAUGCUAACACAAACCACACACAAACCAACACUAAUUUAUUGCAUUUUAAAGUAAUUAUAUAUAUACUAUAAUUAUUAACUUAUUGUCUUAAAGGUUUAGAUUUAGGUUUUAACCUACAGAAUACACAAUUGAACACACAAAUCUUAGCAUAUCAUUUUUUCCUCUAAGCAUUAUAAAUUGCAUAAGUUGAAAACAAAAAUUACUUUUAAAUCGAAUAAUGCAACUUUCGUGUGCUGAUUGUAAACGAAGAGAAACUUGUUUAACAAAUCGAAAACUUAAAUUUGAAAAAUGCCCCAGUGUACUUCCUUAAUUGAUUCGAAAUCAAAAUGGCAGAUGAAAAUUAAAUUUUAUUAUAUUAUACUUUAAAUAAUUAUAGAUGUUCACUCUACUGUAGAAAACAAUUUCUUCUUAUGUUAUUAGGGUUUAUAUUAAGUUUGAUUAAUUUUUAUAUUAUUAGUUUACUUUACCUUUGAAAAUAUAUAACAAUUUUUUAAAAAACAUA